CAGAGAGGGGUCACCUUGUGUCUGUCUGCAGUCUGAACACACAACUCUUGGUUUUGAAGACCACAAGACAAGAAGGCAUCAGGGGGAAUUUAUUUGUCCUCUUCAUAAAUCGUUCUAAUAAGCUUCUCCUUGUAGACGAUGGGCGACGACGAAUACAAUCAUUCGCUGUUUGUGAACGGCACACCGUGGUUCAUCCACGAGUGCACCCUGGAGCUGGACGCAGAGUACCGUCGCAUCUUCCUCUUCCUGCUCUACCUCUUCAUCUUCGUGGUGGGCCUGCUGGAGAACACAUUGGUGGUCUGGGUCAACUGGCGACGACGCCACUCCGCCAAUGGCGUCCUCUUUUGCAUCCUCAACGUGAGCCUGUCGGACAUGAUGGUGAUCGCGGUCCUGCCUUUCUUUAUGAUGGAGGUGACCGUCAACAGGGUUUGGCUGUGGGGACGCUUGCUCUGCAAGCUCACCAAUCUCAUCUACGGGAUCAAUUUCUACAGCAGCUCCUUUUUUCUGGCCCUCAUGACUUUGGAGCGCUACUUGUCUCUAACCAGGCCUUCCUUUCCGGCGUUGUUCCCAGUGGUGGGCCGGCGCCGGUGGGCUGUCUGCGGUGGCGUGUGGCUGCUCUCCCUGUUCCUGGCUGUGCUGGAAAACAUCCAUGUGGAUCUUCUGGAGUGGGACGAGCCAGGCUGCUACAUGCUGCCUCAAAACAACUACACUGAGUGGUUUGUGUCUGUGGCCUUCCUGUGUCUAAUCUUCCAGUUCCUGGGCCCUGCCUCUGUUAUCAUCACCUGUAACGUGCUGAUCGCUCGGGCCAUUCAAACGGCACCGGAUGUGCAGGGUAGGCGGGAGGUGUGGCUGGUGCAUGUCUACUCUCUGGUGUUUGUGGUGUGCUGGCUGCCAUACCACCUGGUCAUGUCGCUUAUGAUCAUAGACGACCUUCACCCCAUCCUCUUCAGCUGCAACGUGGUGGAGGUCAUCUACUUUUCCUACAGUGUGGUGCAAACCCUCUCGCUCUUUCACUGCGUGGCCAAUCCUAUCCUCUACAACUUCCUCAGCAAGAGUUUCCGUGACAACCUCAUCAACACCGUGGUCAGCCACAUACCCAGAGAGAGUGCCACAGACAAUGGGGGCGCACAGCCCAACGCUGCAAAUGGAGGAGGGGGCGAUAAAGGGAAGCAGCACAAGUUGAGUAACGCCAGCACCAGCCAGUCUGAUGUGGGAUCAUGAUCCCCCCCCAAAAAAGAGCAUUUGAGAAGAAAAUUGCAUCAAAGGUGGCGACUGAAAUCUCUACUGACUGUUGAAAGAAGUUUACUUUCAAAUUGAUUUUUUCCUUCUGCACGGCCCAAGGUUCAAUUUUUGUGAAUCAAUUUAGUUAUUGAAAUAAGAGGUGAUUUGUGAUAUGUUUGUGGUGACUUCAAUUGUCAACAACAUCCGAACAUGUUCUGCAAAAUUGUUCACACAAUUUGUUUGUUGGUCUAGUGGAGGCGCACCCUGGUGGCUGAUUUAAAGAAUGCACUUCCGGUUUUAAAGUAUGGGCAAACAUAUUGAUUGAUUGAUUUAAACUUUUAUUAGUAGAUUGCACAGUACAGUACAGUACAUAUUCCGUACAAUUGACCACUAAAUGGUAACACCCGAAUACGUUUUUCAACUUGUUUAAUCGGGGUCCACGUAAUCAAUUCCGGUGUUUGUCAUACCGUGAUACCAAUUUUAAGUGUGGGCAUUUUUUUUUUUUAGCAAAUUAGUGACAGCCGUGAUAAUAUUAGUCACAGAGUGUAAAAAUGUCCAACUUUUAAUUGUUUCUGUUUGACCCGUCAGUGUUGCUAUAUGGCAAAUGACAAAUUAUCGCAUCAGAAGCUGAAAAUUAUCGUAUUUUAAGGGAAAAAUAUUGAAUAUAACCGUUACUUAGGACCAUCAGCUACAAUAAGAAAUGACUACAAAUCGUAUAUGAUGUGGCGUGAUUUACCUUUAAAUAAACUAUAACAGCACUGUUGGAAAGUACACUUACUUGGCUUUAAAGAGUCACGUGACGCAAUUAACAUCAGGCACAGUGCAUGCUAUCUGUUUUCUAAUAACCAUGUUCCAAGAAGUGAAAUGAUCGUACAUGAUUGCCAUUUUUACAAAUACGUUAAUUAGAUUACGUCUGGCAACGCUGUCCUCCUCUCCAGCCCCGCCCUCUCCUCCAAAUAUGGUCAUCUCAGAUACUCACGAAGCGACCAGUCAUCGAUUUAAAACCCAUAUAUAUAUAUAUUUUCUUUUGUAUAAGAGUACCUAAUAUUGCUAAACAGAUGAAUGCAGGAAAUCUAUAUCCAACCCUAUAAAUAUGAAUUUAUUGCAACAUUACCAAAACCUUAACAGUACUGUAAACAAACUGCUGAUUGACUAAAAAGUACAUCUUCAAUCUAACCAGAUAAACGUUCCGCAGUCACGUGACUCAUUUCUUGCCGAAUACAUCCUCCUCUUUAAGACUGAUGCUUUGUAUAAUGUAAAAAUAAAACU